CAUAAAUUGAGGUGGUUGCAGAAAGGUAGUUGUCAUUUUAGUCGGCAAAUAUCGCCACUUCGCUUUCUGAAAUUGUAAAUUCAUUCAAAUCAUGUUGUUUUACUGAAGCCAGAUAAGUUGUUUUAGUAACUUUCAUAUUAACUUACUAAGGUUUGUAGUUUGUCAAGUAAACGAUUAACUAAAGCUGAUUUAGUAGUGCAAGUAUGUUGGUGUUAGUGUUAGGAGAUUUGCAUAUUCCCCAUAGAUGCAGCAGUCUUCCAAGUAAGUUUAAAAAGUUACUUGUGCCAGGACGCAUUCAACAUAUCUUGUGCACUGGAAAUUUGUGCACCAAGGAGUCCUUUGACUAUCUUAAAACCUUAGCUAGUGAUGUCCAUGUUGUUCGAGGUGAUUUUGAUGAGAACAUGAACUACCCAGAACAGAAAGUGGUUACAGUAGGCCAAUUCAGAAUUGGCCUAUGCCAUGGCCAUCAGGUGGUCCCUUGGGGAGAUCCUGAGUCUUUAGCGCUGGUUCAAAGACAGCUAGAUGUAGAUAUCCUUAUAUCGGGUCACACUCAUAAGUUUGAAGCAUACGAACAUGACAACAAGUUCUACAUCAACCCUGGAUCAGCCACUGGGGCCUACAAUCCUCUAGAUACAUCAAUCAUUCCUUCCUUUGUCUUGAUGGAUAUCCAGAGUACAACUGUGGUAACGUAUGUUUAUCAAUUGGUGGGUGACGAGGUGAAGGUGGAGAGAAUCGAAUACAAGAAGAGUUAAAACUUCUGUAUGGCCAAGCUCCCACCAACCCUGAAUCUGUUGAGUUUGUGUGACUGCGUAGGUGAGUGCAAGAAGUGAAUGGUAUGUAAGAAAAUAAUAGACUGACAAUAGGCUAUCCUAUUGAUUUUUGUAAUGAUUAAUAAAGCUGUAUAGAUUUAAAAGCAGAAACACGGUAUAACUAUCCAUUGUCGAUUUGUGAAACAAAUACAAAGGCAUACCUGAUCUAUUAAAAUCAUAAUUUGUUAUCUUAAAAAUUUUAUCUUUCUAUUUUUUUUUACAAAGUAUUAUGUGUAAAUAUUAUGUUAUGAUCAUUGAUUAUGAUUACAGAAUUAUUAUUCUAAAUACUUUAUUGUGUUCUUAUAUAUAUAUAUAUACAUAUGUAUUGCAUGUUUCUAAAAAUAUUUUUACUUUAAAAGGAAGUUUUGUCUAUGUAUUGCUAGUAGAUGAUAUCAGAUAUCAGUUUUAUCUAACAAUUGGCCUAAUUUGUUUAGGCUACUUUAUAAUUUUCUCAUGUCAAUAAUUUAUAACUUAUUGUGAAUAAAAUUAUUAUUUUUCUUGUUCA